UGCUCCUCAUCGCAGGAGGAAGGCUGGAUAUAAAAAGCGUGGAGGCUCUCAAAACCAAGUUUGUUUCUCCUAGCUCCCAGCCAAGCAUGUCUGAUAACCACAGCUCGGGGAGGGCUGUAAUUUCUCAAGUUUAUAUAUAGAGGAGAUGAGGCUGUGCCGUAGACAAGGACUAUAUAAAGGGGCUGGCCUGCCCCGCUCCCCCAGCCAGGCUGGUGGAGCAGGAGAGCCGCGGGGUGCCCCUCUCUGUGGCCAUGGACACCUCCUACCCACGGGAGGACUACCUGCCUGCACCGUCCCACAAGCGGGAGCCGUCUCCCACCGUCCUCGCCAUCGGCACCUCGCCACUGCCCCGUGACCACCUCGUCUGGUCCGUCUUCAACACCAUCUACAUGAACUUCUGCUGUCUCGGCUUCGUGGCGCUCGCCUUCUCUGUCAAGGCACGGGACCGGAAAGUGGCCGGGGACGUGGAAGCCGCUCGGCGCUUCAGCUCCAAGGCCAGGUGCUACAAUGCCCUGGCCACGGCGGGGAGCGUGGUGCUGCCGCUGCUGCUCGCCGCCCUGGUCAUCACGGGCGUCAUCCACCUCUCCAAGCUCGCCCAGGAGUCUGUGGGCUUCUUCACCUACCAUUUCAGCGGGAGCGACGACGAGGACAAGUGACCAGUGAAUGAAGGGCUUGUAGAGACUCCUUCGCGUCGCUGGUGGACCCCCGAAAAGACCAGCAUAACCCAGCCACCACCCAUCUCUGCUACACGGGGCCACAGCCGCACGCUUUCACGCCCACCGGGCAGCGCGUGGCCAGGUGGGAGGCAGUCCCGCAGCUUCUUUCACACCGCUGCAUCUCCCCUCACCCUCCCCUGCCUGGUCCAGCACCCCCAGCCCCACGGUGCCCAACCCCAGCUCCCGGCCACCCUCCUUAGGACAGCUCAAUUAUUUUUAUUUACUCUCGGGUUUUUUUUAACUCCCUUUAUCCUGUGUGGAGCACAGCAUCCCUCCAGCCUCGGUGAUCACUAUUUAAAUCAUUAAACCGUUUCAGUCGU